CGGAGAGAGCUGCAGCAGGACCCCGGAGACCGGGAUCCAGAAGAAGCCGCAGGGGAGACCCGUCAAGGUUCUGAAGAGACUGGAAGAAAUUGACAGGUCUGGAUGGCCACGCCGGACAGGGGAGUGGUCUCCAGACCCCGGGGACCUGGCUGGGGGCACCACGGGAGUGGGGCCUGCCCGGGCCCCCUGGACGACGAGCCGUGUGAGGGGGCCCAGGAGCUGGCGCCGGCGCAGCUGACCAUGCUGAGGAAGGCACAGGAGUUCUUCCAGACCUGUGACGCCGAGGGCAAGGGCUUCAUCGCCAGGAGGGAUAUGCAGAGGCUCCAUAAGGAGCUGCCCCUGAGCCGGGAGGACCUGGAGGCUGUGUUUGAUGCCCUGGACGCUGACGGCAAUGGCUUCCUGACCCCCGCGGAGUUCACCACUGGAUUUAGGGACUUCUUCUUCGGCCAGCAUAAGCCACGCGAGGAAGAUACCGGUGAGCACCUGGCCCAGCUCCGGGAAGAGAAGGUGUAUCAGACCCGAGGGGAUGCGGAUCUGGGUGACGUGGACGAAGAGGAGGAAGCCCAGUUCCACACGCUGAUGGACAGGCUUGGAGCCCAAGAGCUCUUGGAAGAUGAAAAUGACGUCAAGCAACUCUGGCUGCAGCUGAAGAAGGAUGAGCCUCACUUACUGUCCGACUUUGAGGAUUUCCUGACCAGAAUCUUCUCGCAGCUCCUAGAAGCCCACGAGGAGAAAAAGGAGCUGGAGUGCGCCCUGAAAAAGAAAAUCGCUGCCUAUGAUGAAGAAAUCCAGCACCUCUAUGAGGAGAUGGAGCAGCAAAUCACAAGUGAGAAAGAGCAGUUUCUCCUGAAGGACACGGAGAGGUUCCAGGCCUGCAGUCAGAAGCUGGAACGGAAGCUGCUCUCCAAGGAGCAGGAGGCGGAGCAGCUCAUCCAGAAGCAGAAGCGACUGGAAGGCCAGUGCACCGCCCUGCACAACGACAAGCACGAAACCAAGGCUGAGAACACCAAGCUGAGACUCACCAACCAGGAGCUGGCCCGGGAGUUAGAGCGGGUGUCCUGGGAGCUACAGGACGCCCAGCAGCAGUUGGAAAGCCUCCAGCACGAGGCCCGAAAACUCCACCAGGAGAAGGAGAUGGAAGUGUACCGCAGCACGGAGAGUCUGCAGCGGGAGAAGUCAGGGCUCCUGAAACAGCUGGAUUUCCUAAGGGAAAGGAACAAGCAUCUUCGAGACGAACGGGACAUAUGUUUUCAGAAAGACCAGGCAGCCAAGGCAAACACAGCUGCUUGCAAGGCAAGCCAGAAGCAGCGAUCUGGCUCUGUGAUCGGCAAAUACGUGGAUGACGGAGGGAUGCCUAGGAGCCGGUCAGAGGAGGAAGAAGAUGUGUUUGGCGUCCUGAGGGGGAGAAGCUCCCCGGGCCUGAGUGGGCACCCCCUGACAGAAGAGGGGCCGGGGGCCCGGCUCCGCAGAAUCAUCUCCAUUGAAGAGGACCCGCUGCCCCAGCUGCUGGGGGGCGGCUUUGAGCAGCCGCCGGGCAAAUGCCCGGAAGAAGGGGAGGCCUCCGACCAGGGGCUGGAGGGACCAACCGGGUCGCCCCGGCCUCUGGGGCUCACGCCUGCGUCUCCCCGAGGGCAGCCCGCCGGGAGAGAAACCCCGUCUAAGGAGGAAGGCUCUGUGUCCACCCCAGACCGGAUCUUCAAGAUCGUGCUUGUGGGCAAUUCCUCCGUGGGGAAGACGUCCUUCCUGAGCCGGUUCUGCGACGGCAGGUUCUCCCCGGGUGCAGCGGCCACCGUGGGCAUCGAUUACCGCAUGAAGACCGUGCGCGUGGACGACUGGCGGGUGGCCCUGCAGCUGUGGGACACGGCGGGGCAGGAGAGGUAUCGCAGCAUCACGCAGCAGUUCUUCCGCAAGGCCGACGGCGUGGUGGUCCUGUACGAUCUCACCGCCAGGCAGUCCUUCCUGGCCGUGCGGCCGUGGCUGAGCAGCGUGGAGGAAGCUGUGGGAGACCGCAUUCCCGUCCUUCUGCUGGGCAACAAAGUUGACAACGAGAAAGAGCGGGAAGUGCCACGGGGCCUGGGAGAGCAGCUGGCCAAGGAGCACAAUCUGAUCUUCUACGAAUGCAGUGCCUAUUCCGGUCACAACACCCAAGAGUCCGUGCUCCAUCUGGCCAGGAUCCUCAAGGAACAAGAAGACACAGUGAGGGAGGACACCAUUCAGAUUGACCUCCCCGCCAAGAAGAAAGCCUGCUGCGGCUGAAACAGGCCCCCUAGGACUCCCACCCGGGCCUGAGGCCACAGGGCCCACCCUGCCUCCUGCACAGAUGCCCUCACCAAGGCCCACCCAGACCUUUAUCCUUGUCAGCGACGUCCCCCACCCCAAAGGAAGGAAAACACAUCCCGUCAGGAAAGCUGCUCUUGGAGCAUCUUGGGGUCUUUCUCCCCCUUCUCUGUCUAGACCCGGUUGCCUAGUCCUUUCUUUUUUCUCCCCCUGGCUUGGUUUCCUGGGGAAACAACAGAUGGGCUUUUCCAGAAAAGCCACCACGUGCCUUUCCCACCUCCCUUCUCACCCCCUGCCCUUAGGAGCCUCGGCACUGAGGUUGCCAUGGCAACUGAGCAAGGCAGGCUUGCUGCUUCCUGCAGGCCAGAGACACAGCACGGGGUGGGGCAGCUGGUCUGGCCUCGGAGCCUGCGCUCUGGAUGACAGUGGGGUCCCCUUGGCAUGUGCUUCGUGGACGCCGAGGUGCCCGCGGGUGUUGAGUAAAGCA